GGUUCCGCCCAGCCCCGGAACCGCCGCGGGAGGCGGGUGUGCUCGGUGGCCGGAGCCCGGCCAUGGCCCGGCGCUGCGGAGACAGACACUCCAGGGCUCGGUGGAGGUGGGAACUCUCAGUUUUCUUCUCUUGAGAACCCCGGGCUCGUUGCAAAGACAUCUUUCUUCCCACUCCUCUGCAAAAAGCGCUAGUGAAAACAGAGCGCCAUGUACACCUUUCUGCCCGAAAACUUCACGCCGGUGAAGCAGAAGCCCUCCAAGGAGCUGAGGCCAAUGCUGGGGGCCGUCACACUGGGCCUCGUCCUGUUCAUCGCUGCGGUGGUGGCCUGGUGCUACUACACGGUGUCCCUGCGCAAGGCGGAGCGGCUCAAGACGGAGCUGAUGGACCUGCGGGCGGACGGCUUCGUCAUCAGGAACCAGCACGGGGAGGUGGUCUUCCGCCUGGCCUUCCGCUCGGGGAGCCUGGACCUGGAGUCGUGCUCGAAGGAGGGCGAGAUCCUGAGCUGCACGCGGUCGGACCGCGGGCCGCUCAACUUCUUCAUCCAGACGGUGAAGCCCAAGGACACGGUGAUGUGCUACCGCGUGCGCUGGGAGGAGCUGGCGGCCGGCCCGGCGGUGGAGCACACCAUGUUCUGGGAGGACGCCCACUGGUACGGGGGCUCGGAGAUGAGCACGCAGCACUGGCCCAUCCGCCUGGCCGGCUACCAGGAGCCCGUGCCCUACGUGACCAGCGACGUCUACUCCUUCCGCGACAGCUUUGGCGGCAUCCUGGAGCGCUACUGGCUCUCCUCCAAAGCGGCGGCCAUCAAGAUCAACGACUCGGUGCCCUUCCACCUGGGCUUCAAUGCCACCGAGCGCACCCUCUUCUUCCAGGCCCGCUACAAGGACUCGCCCUACAAGCCCCCACCGGGCCAGCAGCCCUUCCCCGAGCUGAGCUACCGCGUGUGCGUGGGCUCCGACGUCACCUCCAUCCACAAGUACAUGGUGCGCAGGUACUUCAACAAGCCCUCCAAGAUCCCCGCCGAGAACGCCUUCCGCUACCCCAUCUGGUCCACCUGGGCACUCUACAAGAAUGAUAUUGAUCAGGAUAAACUCCUGAGAUUUGCUGAAAAGAUUAAGAAAUACCGUUUUAAUUGCAGCCACAUUGAAAUUGAUGACAUGUACACACAGGCCUAUGGGGACUUUGACUUUGACCCCGUCAAGUUCCCCAACGUAACGGAGAUGUUUGCAAAACUGAGGGAAGAUGGCUUUAAGGUCACCCUGUGGACUCACCCUUUCAUAAAUUACAAUUCCUCCAACUUUGGUGUGGGGAUUGAGCGUCAGCUGUUCAUCAAGGAGCCGUCGGGGCGGCUGCCGGCCAUGGUGGAGUGGUGGAACGGCAUCGGGGCCAUCCUGGACUUCACCAACCCAGCAGCCCGGGACUGGUUCCAGAGCCACCUGCGCCAGCUCCGCCACAAGUACGGCAUCUCCUCCUUCAAGUUUGAUGCGGGUGAGACCAGCUACCUGCCCAAGCAGUUCAGCACCUUCCGGCCGCUCUCAGACCCCAGCAUCUGGUCGCGGCGCUACACAGAGAUGGCCAUCCCCUUCUACGAGCUGGCCGAGGUGCGGGUGGGCUACCAGUCGCAGAACAUCUCCUGCUUCUUCCGCAUCAUUGACCGUGACUCCGUGUGGGGCUAUGAGCUCGGCCUCAAGUCCCUCAUCCCCACGGUGCUCACCAUCAGCAUGCUGGGGUACCCCUUUAUUUCCGCUGACAUGAUUGGGGGGAAUUUUUUCCCAAAUAAGACGGAUGGUGCAGUUGAGAUCCCGGACCGUGAGCUGUACGUGCGGUGGCUGGAGCUGUCAGCCUUCAUGCCCUCCAUGCAGUUCUCCAUCCCACCCUGGCUCUACGACAAGCAGGUGGUGGAGAUUGCGCAGAAGUUCACGGAGCUCCACGAGUCGCUGGUGGCCCCGCUGCUGCUGGAGCUGGCCGGGGAGGUCACCGACACGGGUGACCCCAUCAUCCGGCCCAUCUGGUGGAUCUCACCCCGCGACGAGGCCACCCACAGGAUCGACUCGCAGUUCCUCAUCGGGGACACCCUCAUGGUGGCACCCGUCCUGGAGAUGGGCAAGCAGGAGCGCGAUGUCUACCUGCCGGCGGGCAAGUGGCGCAGCUACAAGGGCGAGUUGUUUGAGAAGACGCCCGUGCUGCUCACCGACUAUCCCGUUGACUUGGACGAAGUCGCCUAUUUCCUCUGGGUUUCGUAACAGGCUCCUCCAUCAGCUUUGGGUUAACCAUGCCUUACACUAGAACUUUGCAUCAAAUAAUAAUUCUAAUUGCACAUUUCAUUUUGGACUGGGAUUGCCGAAGGGAAUUAAAUAGAAUUUAUUGUC